AUGCAUCUCUCCCACCUGCAGUCCAAGGAAUACAAGUCGAGGAACUUCAACCGUUCCCAUGGUUGUGUUACAGAGGGUGACUGUCGUGAAGCAGGCUGGGGUGUUAGCAACGAGGGAGCCCCAGGCUCCAGAAUCCUUAUCUUCGUGGAUGUUCCUCUCAUGCCCAGACAUCAGUGCCAGGCAGCAUACCCAGCACUGGGUCAGAAAGACUUAUGUGCCGGGCAAGGAGGUGCUGGCUCCUGUGUAGGCGACAACGGAGGUGCGUUGAUGUGUGUCACAGCUAACGGAGAUACUUUGACUGCCCUUAUGUCCUGGAGAGAAGGCUGUGCCCGCCCUGGCAAGCCUGCUGUUUAUAUGGACGUGGGCAAAUACAUCUCCUGGAUUAGCAACGUGACUGGCUUGGUACUACGUUCCUGAGGCGUCGCAGAACUCGUUAAUAAAGAAAGCUGCGAUAUUCUAGCAGGAAUAAUUCAUAAGUAACACCUAGCCUUGUUACCUAGAAGAGGUACUACACUCCAGAGUCUUUGUAAACCUGAGUAAUAAAGAAUAAAAAUGCACUAAUCUGGGUUUAAAUGGGUGGUUUAAACCCCAUCGGUUCCGUGGUUUGUUUACAAUGGUAGCAGUAAUUCACAAGUAGCUCAUAACCUUAUUACCUAGUAGUAAAGAGGUACCGUGCUCCCGAGGCUUUACCGAUACAUGUAAUAAAGACAGGAACAAUUCAUAACUCACAAAACUGUUAUCUAGCAGUAAAGUAAUACCCAAAAGCUAUAAGACUGUCGUGGGUGGCAUCCUGGGGUGGUAAUCCCCAUAUUCUCAUGGUGUGGGUGGUAGGCACCCCAUACCCAUACUGCAGGUGGUAGCCAAUUCACAGAGGCACGUAAUGGGUCCAGGGACUGGAGCCCAAACCAGUUACAGUAGUACUGAAUUAGUAAGUAUAUUCAGGUAUACACAAAUACAUAGCAGCAUAUGUGUAGACAACCUGGGAUAACCCAAAAAAGUCAGAUUGACUUAUUUCUAUUGGGUCUAAGAAGGGCCCACUACCUGCCCGAAAUGCCCCGGUAUGAUACUGACUUUAUUUGUACCAAUCAAAUUAUGAAAUAUAAUCACACACUGCAACCUUUGCAAAGAAAUAAAUUUUUGUAUCUG